UUUUUUGGAUAAUUAAAAAGAUAACUGGUUUAUUAUUGUUCGUAAAGAGUUUAUUCAACAAAAUAACGUUUGCUUCUGACAGUUGGUGACUGAUCGAUGACAUCAUGUGCAUAUAUUCAACUUCGACUGGUAAAGGUGGUGUAUUACCCAGAAGGAAAUGGCUUCAUCGCAACCGAACAUCGCAUGGUACAUAUAACACAAGUACUGGGAUUAAAUUUAAUAUGACACAAGUUCCUCGAUAUAGCCAGGCUACGACCAAUGAUAUAGAUUUUUGGGAUUUAUCAACCUUAAUUGUAGCGGCGUCUAUAAUAUUUACCUUCACUAUACUAGCUAUUGUCUUGGUUGUUUUCUUGGAUAGAAAAAGAAAAUUUAGAAGAAAAUCUAUUCCCAUUCCAAAACAACGAUUUGGGAAGUGCCGUUGUCAAGAAUCUGUAUACCAUGAGAUAAAGAAACCCGGUAAAGAGAAACGUCAUAAAACACAGGGUUGUUUGCCCAGUCGUAUCACAAAAUCGACAAACUGCAACCAGAGUGCAAAAUCCGAGUUCGCUAGAACCAGACGACCCGUGAUCCAGCCUGCUGAGAUAGCCGAUGUCAUCUAUGAGACACUAGACGGUAAAGAUUGGAAACGAAAGAAAUAUCAAAAAAGCAUUAAAGAUUCCCCCCUACCAAAAAUAGAAUCUGCGUAUUCCAAUCCAUUAGACGCUAUCCUGCCCUCAAGCCACCCCCCUGAACGAAGACCAUCGUCACAAGUCAACAGUGAAAAUAGUCGAGGCUCUCAGUAUGACAAUCCACCAUGUGCACACGCUUGUCAAUUCUGCAGAAGUCAUUCGGCACCGGCAAACAAUUCCUCUCCAUAUUUUGAGCUAGAAAGUCAAACUAGGAAGACUGAAACAGUAGAUCUCAACUUUCGGGGACCUAAAUACCAAGAAACGGUACCAGAAGCCAUGGCACUAGAAAAGAACUACGGUCGCAGGUUGAUCCAUAGUCAAUCGGUUAUACUUCAUGAUAGACUACCACCACAACCACCAAUAAGGACCUUACCACCGCCCAGGAAUUUCAAUAUCUAUGAACCCAACCAUUAUCCAAAAUUUCCAAGGCGAUUUAGCUGCGACAAUUGUGCCCAAAGUGCUAAUUUAUCGAAUGAAUAUUUCUCGCUUGAACAACAAAACCAAUCGAGAGAUGUUGAUUAUUCGGAGGUACGGCGAACACACAAGUCUCAUAUUCCGAUUUGCGAAGAAGCGUCUUUUAAAGAAUUGGGGUCUAGCAAUUAUUUUGUCUUAGAACGCGAUUAUAUUCCAAACCAGUUGCAGCCCAUGGAAAGUAAAGAUUCAGAGUAUGACUUCCUUUCCCGUGGAAAUUAUUCCCGAUUAAGCAAUCGACAGAGCAACAUUCCUAUUCAUCAAGAUUGUGUCCGCCGAAUGCUAAGUUUUGACCAGGAAUAUUUGGAUAGGUUAAGAGACAAUGGUGGGGUAAGAAUUGUAUUUCUGAAUCAACAGUCAGAAGGACUAGCUAACAAUGACACUGAUGAUAACCAAAAAGUAAAAUCUGACUCGGUGUAUGAUCGACUAUAUUUUGAUUCUAGAAGGGAGUCUUUAUUCGACGAUAAUGACACAAGGGAAAGAAUCCAUUCAUCUCCUGCAUGAAUAUUAUAAUGAUCUAUAUCGGGACCAGCUCAUCUCCAGCAUGAACAUUAUAAUGAUCUGGGUCGGGACCAGCUCAUCUCCAGCAUGAACAUUACAAUGAUCUGUGUCGGGACCAGCUCAUCUCCUGAAUGGGUUUUUUUUUAAAAAAGUGAUGUCAUAAAUAACUGGUUAUCUUAGCACGAUCGCCCGUUCACUCUAUAGUUAUUUUUUUACACAAUAUUUUAUUCAUUUAAAUUUACAAAAUUUAAAUAAUAAAUACAAGAUACGAUAACGGGGUUUCGGAACAGGCUAUUCCGGUUAUUUCAGGAAUGUUUGGAAUAAAUCAAAGACUUCACCUUGGGAGAAGAGGAGAGAUUAUUUGUUCAUUAAUGUAAUGGGUCUAGAUAAUUCUCACAUCAUUCGGGCCAUUUCCGUGGAAAUCACAAUCUACGAAAUUGAUCUAAAAAGCUCGGUAGUGCUUGCUUACAGGUUGGAUAAAUGAAAAUGCACUUUAUUGUCGUGAAUUAAUCUUCGGGUCAGUUCACUGUUAUAGUUCUCCCAACAUCACGGCCCUGUAUUAUAAGGUCUGUCAUUGACAACCGGCGUGGUUUCGAUUGCCCGGUUGUACGUGGCAAGGAGUUGGAUCGCCUGUUCAACCUCGUGGGUUUUCUGCCGGUCCUCCGGUUUCCGCCCACUGCUAAAGACUCCUACGCGCAAGCGAAUUAUUGAAAUAAAAUUGAACAUAUGUUAGUCCCGAAAUGACCUAGUUUGUGUCGAGUGGAAGUUACCCCCCCCCCCUCUUUCUCUCUCUCGCUAUCCAGGAAAAUUUGUCUUCGUCUGUGGCGCAGAGAAGUAAUACGUUAAACCAUAUUGCAUUUUAUUUCAUAUGGAUAAGUAUACGAUUAUUCGAAUACUUGAUAGAUGGAACUAUUGGAACUAAGCCAGCGAGUUAUUUUGUAAUAUUCUUCUUGAUUGUUAUUAUAUAUAGACAUUACUAUAUUCACAGCAAAGCAAGAAUAUGUCCAAUUUAAUAUACUAUUUUAUUCUUAAGGUAUGAUUAGAUCCAAUGUUUAAAGUGCUCUUCUUUUAAUUUGUAUAUUUUUAGUUAUUAUAUAUUUGGUAAAAUAAAAAUAUUAUGAAUACAAAA